CAUCAUUUUUCUCCUAUUUCUUUGAUCCAUCCCCUUGGAAACAUAAAAAGCCAGAGCAAGCGUAGAAAAAACCAGACCUACAUUUUUGCGUGAAGAAUAAAAAAUCAAUGGGCGAUCAUAUAGCAAGGGCCGAGGACUUCGAGCGCCGAGCCGAGAAGAAGCUUGCCGGUUGGGGUAUAUUCGGCUCUAAAUAUGAAGACGCCGCCGAUUUAUUCGACAAAGCCGCCAACGCUUACAAACUCGCCAAAUCAUCGCAUGAUUUAGCUCAAAUGGUGAAAAAAAUGGUUUUCUUAGGGGAUCAGGCUGGAGCAGUUUAUGUUAAGUUGGCCAACUGUCACUUGAAGUUAGAUAGCAAGCAUGAAGCCGGUAACGCAUAUGCUGAUGCUGCUCAUUGCUACAAGAAGUCUAACAUGAAAGAGUCUAUAUCAUGCCUGGAAGAGUCUGUAAAUCUAUUCAUGGAUAUUGGAAGGCUUAAUAUGUGUGCCAGAUAUUAUAAGGAAAUAGCUGAGUUGUAUGAGCAAGAACAGAACUUGGAACAAGCUAUUGUUUACUAUGAAAAAGCUGCUGAUCUUUUCCAAAGUGAAGACGUGACAACAUCUGCGAAUCAGUGCAAGCUGAAAGUUGCGCAGUAUGCAGCUCAGUUGGAACAAUAUCCAAAGGCCAUCGAGAUCUAUGAAGAUAUAGCACGACAGUCACUCAAUAACAACUUGCUGAAGUAUGGAGUUAAAGGGCACCUUCUCAAUGCUGGAAUUUGCCAGCUGUGCAAGAAUGAUGUCGUUGCUAUCAACAAUGCAUUAGAGCGAUAUCAGGACCUCGAUCCAACAUUUGCCGGAACACGCGAGUACAAAUUGCUAGCGGAUUUAGCUGCUGCCAUUGAUGAGGAAGAUAUGGCCAAGUUUACAGAUGCAAUCAAAGAAUUCGAUAGCAUGACCCAGCUGGAUGCUUGGAAGACAACACUACUAUUGAGAGUGAAGGAAGCCUUGAAGGCCAAAGAGCUCGAGGAAGAUGAUCUUACUUAAAAAACCCUCAUUACCCUUUUCAUGCGAUAGCUUCAAGCUUUGAUUUGAUUCAGAUGAUUUGACUCUGUAUACCUCUGCGUCACGCAAGCUAUUUCUACUUGAUUUCAUUUCUUGGAGUGAAUAUGAUUUACAUGCGUAAAAUUGAAAUGUAGACAAGACUUUUUAUUGUAAUAUAAACAAAAAAUAUGAAUGGUGUAUUUUCUACAAUUCGGUUACUUACGCUGUUGCAUACUUUUCUAGGCUUGAAUAAGCAAUUAUCAAACUUUAUUUUGUAAAAGCAAUAUUUAAGGAACGCAAUUAAUUGUCUUUGUAAAACUUUGAACAAGAAGAAACAAGUGUUUGAUAGAUAGAUAUGUACACUUUUUAGUUGGCU